AAUAAUUUGGUAUACUGUGGAAACAAACAGCAAGAGGACCUGCGAAGGACCGUUUUUUCAUAUUUCUUCGUUUUAGGCUCAUACUCAGUGGUGGGGAAAAAUGGGUUGUACACUCCUUUAGUUGCACACAGAAAGGAAAUGCUAUCCCUUGGAUGAAAGAUUAAGUUUGUGGUCUGAAGAAGUGUGUACCAGUCUGGUGGGGCCCCUGAGAUGCCGUGGUGGUGCUGUUGGUGUUUCUGUCCUCCUUGCCUUUCCGAGGAUAAACGGGCAGCUCUGAUUGUGAACAGAGAAAUAGACAGAAUGCUGGUAUUUGAGAAGAAAAAGGACCGUAGAGAGCUGAAACUCCUGCUUUUGGGAACAGGAGAGAGUGGAAAGAGCACCUUUAUCAAGCAAAUGCGAAUUAUCCAUGGAACAGGCUUCUCGGACGAAGACCGUAAGGGGUACGCCAGACUUGUGCACCAGAACAUCAUCACUUGUGUGCAGUCCUUGGUGGGAGCCAUGGAAUCUCUGCAGAUACCCUACACCCGGCCUGAGAAUAAGAUCAAUGGGAAGCUGAUCCAGGAAUUAGAAGCGUACAAGAUUCAUAAAAUUGAAAAGAAACAUGCAGAUGCUAUUAUGAAAUUAUGGUGUGAUUCCGGGGUCCGCAAAUGCUAUGAAAGAAGAAGGGAAUAUCAACUACUGGACUCUACUAAAUAUUAUUUGUCCAAUUUGGAAAGGAUUGUGUACGAUGGGUUCCAUCCCACCGAUGAAGAUAUUCUACGGAUCCGAAUGCCAACCACAGGAAUCAAUGAAUACUGCUUCACAGUUGAUAAUGUUAACCUCAGGAUGGUGGAUGUUGGUGGACAGAAAUCAGAGCGCAGAAAAUGGAUUCACUCCUUUGAGAAUGUAUCUGCUCUUAUUUAUUUGGCGUCGCUUAGUGAAUAUGACCAGCAGCUGGAAGAGAACAAUAACGUAAAUCGCAUGCGGGAAAGUAUGGCCUUGUUUUGCAGUAUCUUAGAGCUGCCAUGGUUCGAGGAUACUCCAAUUAUUCUCUUUCUCAACAAGACUGACCUGCUGGCUGAGAAAAUCUGCAUCUCUGACCUUGCUACUUACUUCCCAAACUAUAAAGGUCCCCGGCGAAAUACCGAGACUGCUAAGAAGUUCAUUUUUGAAACCUACAAUGAGAUUUUCAACAAAACAAAAGUACCUGGCAUGGCAGUUAUAGGAAAAAAGGAAGCAGAGGACAGACUUUACCCUCAUUUCACCUGUGCCACAGACACAAACAAUAUCCAGGCAGUGUUCACUGAUGUAAAGGAUGCAGUUCUCAGGAAAUAUCUGAUAGAUUUAGGCGUUGUGUAGUAGACCAUACUGAACACUAUGCAGGCUCUCUGUUUUGUUACAACAACCAUCUGUGUCUGCGCUUUAUACCAAAGCUCAAUUGGAACACCUUCUAAUGGACACUGCCAUUACAUUUUAUUCUAAAACCUACAUUAAAUAACAUUUGCAAUCCUUUAGCUAGGAUAGGAUUUCCUUCCUGCAUCUGUUAGAGUUGUGGAUAUAAAAGAGAUGCUAUGGACAUGAUAUACCGUAUUUAUCGGCGUAUAACACGCACCUGCGUAUAACACGCACCUCAUUUUAAGAAGGAAAUUC